CUUUGACAAUUCCCAAAUUUUACGAAACCAAACUUCUCCACAAUGGCUGUUGGAAAAAACAAGAGACUCUCCAAAGGCAAGAAGGGAAUUAAGAAGCGUGCCGUUGACCCUUUCGCUCGUAAGGACUGGUACGACAUCAAGGCUCCUUCCUUCUUCGAGGUCAAGAACGUUGGAAAGACUCUUGUCAACCGCACUGCCGGUCUUAAGAACGCCAAUGACGCCCUUAAGGGACGUAUCCUUGAAGUUUCCCUUGCAGACUUGCAAAAGGACGAGGAACACGCAUUCCGCAAGGUUAAGCUCCGUGUUGAAGACAUUCAAGGUAAGAACUGUCUUACCAGCUUCAAUGGUUUGAGCAUCACUUCUGACAAGUUGCGUUCUCUUGUUCGUAAGUGGCAAACCACUAUCGAAGCCAACCAAACCAUCAAGACUACUGAUGGCUAUCUCUGCCGUGUCUUCGUUAUUGGCUUCACUCGUCGUCGUGCCAACCAAGUCAAGAAGGCCACCUAUGCUCAAUCCUCUCAAAUCCGCGCUAUCCGUCAGAAGAUGUUCCAAGUCAUCCAAAACCAAACCUCCUCUUGCUCCAUGAGAGAGCUUGUCCAAAAGCUUAUCCCCGAGGUUGUUGGUCGUGAGAUUGAGAAAGCUACUAACGGUAUCUUCCCUCUCCAAAACGUUCUUGUCCGUAAGGUCAAGAUCCUUAAGUCUCCCAAGCACGAUGCUCAAAAGCUUCUUGAGCUUCACGGUGGUGAGGGCCAAGAUGUUGGUACUAAGGUUGUCAAGGAUGUCACUCCUUUGGAGUCUGUAUAAACAUAUCCUAUUGAAUUUAUUGGGGCUGCAAAUUGAAAUAUAUAGAAUAGCUAAUGAGAAGAGCGUCUAUUAUAUAAACACCUGAAGUCUGUAGUUCUGAAAUUGUAUAGUAUAUUGUAAUUUCCUUAGUUUGUUUCUUACAAUAUUUUCCUG